AUAUCUGUCUUGAGUGUGAAAUAUUUGCCCUGCGACUGCGGCAGCUUUAAACCCAACAACCCCGCCCCUGCGCACUAUCACAUGAAUCUGGACUGAACGCUGGAUGGGAAAAGUUUAGAGGUCUCGGUGAAAUCGCUCUUCCCCGGCCAGCUUGUUGCUGUGUGCGCCCUGCCUCGCCUUUUAAAGGGUUUUUACUCCACCGUCCGUGUCGGGGGAAACGGAGUCGGCUUGAGUGUUUUCCAGACUGGGACUUCUUUUUCUCCCUGCAGUAAUACACAGGGGAGGAGAAGGAGGAGGAGGAGGAGGAGUGGGGACGCUCUGGCUGCUUGAGCUACGUUUCGAUUCCAAACUUUGGGCGACAUGGACGCGCACCGCGGCGCGCCUCCGGCCGGGCAACAGGUCGUGCACGUCCGCGGGGACUCCAACACGGAGCUGGAGGCCCUCUUCAACGCCGUGAUGAACCCCGGCAAGGCGGCCAGGCAGACUCAGUCCGUGCCCAUGAGGAUGAGGAAGUUUCCGGACUCUUUCUUCAAGCCGCCGGAGCCCAGGGGCCACUCCAGACAAGCCAGUUCAGACGGAGGCGUGUGCAGCUCCCUCGCCCCUCAUCACGUCCGUGCUCAUUCCUCCCCGGCCUCCCUCCCAAUCAACUCAGUCAAUGCAGUGGCCACACCAAUCAUACCCGACGAUGUGCCACUCCCCGAGGAUUGGGAGAUGGCCAAGACGCCCACUGGCCAACGGUACUUCAUCAACCACGCGCAGAGGUCGACCACAUGGCAGGACCCCCGCCUGUCCCAGCUUCAGUCGGCUGCAGCCCAGCAUCAGAUCGCCUGCACCCCGAGCCACGCCCACUCCUUCAGCAACCCAGCCCCCACUACGCAACCAAAAAAUAUUAUUCCUGAGACAGGUCCACUGCCUAAAGGCUGGGAGCAGGCUGUGACUGCAGAAGGAGAGGUGUACUACAUUGAUCACAUAAAACAGGAAACCACAUGGGACGACCCGCGUCUAGCCCCGAAGGUGAACCCGGCCGUCCUCCCUUUGGCAAUCCAGCAAAGACUAGAAAAGCUCAGACUGAAGCACGCCGUCCUUCCACAAUUUGCCCCACAGGUGCAGGAGGCGGGAGGGAGCAACCAGAUGCCCGGCGGGAUGGACCAUGACAGAAGCGCACAGAUGCUUGUCCCUUCGGUGGAUAUCAGGAUCAGGACCCUAAACCAAGAAUCUAACCUUAACGGGGCUCACUCUCGCAACGAAAGCACUGACAGUGGUCUGAGCGUCAGCAGCUUAUCACGCACGUCGGACCACAUGUUGAGCUCUGUGGAUCACAUGGACAUUGGUGACUCAAGUGAGCCUCCCUCAAUGGGCCUGCAAGAGUCGAUGCCCGUGCUGCCGAUAAAUGAGGAGCUGAUGUCCGGCAUCCCCGACAGUUUGACUUCAGACAUGUUGAUGGAAAUGGACACAGUUCUCUCCGGGCCGCACAUGGACAGGGACAGCCUACUCACCUGGCUAUAGACGCAAGCAGCCGCCGUCCAUUUGAGUGUGGUUUGAAAUCGAGCUUUUGUAGCAUGACUGAGAAUUCUGGGAAAUUUGAUUCGGAUUUAAAAGUGGUACAGAACAGCUACUCAGAGAGAAUAUGCUACAGACAUAUGUGUUGGAUAUCUACUUACAGAAUUCACUUCCUGCCGUGUGAAAAAACAAAUGACUCUCACAAAAUCUGGAGGUUUUCUCUUUUUGAGUCUGGUUUUUGCAAAAUGCUCCUCUUCUUUUCAUCCUGGUCCUCCAUCCAAAGUCACACUUGGGAUUGCCUUAAGUAAGAGUCAAGUGUUCUUGAUUCAGUGGUUUGAACACAAAAACCUGGUAAACUAGCAUUAAUGUAACAUAAAGAUUUUAUUUAAUAAAAAAAUAAUAAACAUUAAAAAAAAAAGGUUUAAAGGUUUAAAUUAGCCAAGUGACUUGUGAAAGUUAAAAGCAGCAUCUCAUGCUACUACGUCUGAGCAAUUUGUGAUUUUAUUACAUGUACUCAGAAUUGCAUUUUAACAAGUGAGCAAAGAAUCAAAGGAUUUUUUAGGUAAAAACUACGGUAGUUUCGAAAUCUCAGGGCAUCUCUUAUUAAAACGGAGGGAAUGGCGCCCUCUUGUGGUGAGUCAGAAAAUAGCAAUAUUUCCUCCCAAAACUUGCAUCAGUUGAGCAAGUUUAAAAAUAAGUACAAGAUUCUUAGGAUUUGUCUGCCUGAAUGAACAAAUCCAGCCGAUUCUAAAGAAUAUUGCCAAUAUAUUAGUUUUGAACAUUAAAUAUGUAUUUUUAAAACUUUGAGACUUCAAUAUAUAAGCAAAUGAGCACGUGAUCAGGGUGAAGUCCAACAUAAUGCAGGAUUUCAUUCAUCAGUUUCUUGUUUUGUGUUUGUUUUUGAUUCUUAGCUUUUCUUUUCUCAAUAAUGAUUAAAAAAACCUUUUAAAAAAAACUUUUUCAAAUCAUAUCGAUAUUGGCCACCAAUAUUUGGGUAAUUUUAAAACACUUUUAGUAUUUUUUUUGUUUGUUUGUUUGUUUGUUUAUUCAAAUAUUUUUAUAGCAGACUUCUAUUCCAUGCCAGCACUGAACAUGAGCUUCACAGGUUCAGUAUUUAUUUUGGAUUCUAAUUAACUCCACUGUGCUGAUAGUUGUUUCAUUUUCACUCUGACAAACUCUUGUUUUGGAAAAAGUCCUCUCUAGUUGCCAUCUGACCUGGGAAAUGUACGAGGAAUAAUAUUUGCAGCCUAAGAUUUUUGCAAUGAUUAUUAUUCAGUAACACUUUUAUUGCAAUGCUGGAUUGAAACAUUCCUAGUAUUCCCCAUUGUUAGUUUAAGCUGCAUCCAUUCAACGGGUCAAUAUGAAACACACUCAAAUAGAGACAGCCUCUUUUUUUCAUCUCAUCAGCUUUAAAGUGUAUAAAAUUCUCACUUUCUCCUUGACUUCCAACAUUUUAGAUGCUACUUUUUCAUUUAUUUCUGAAAAUCUGUUCCAUAUACUAUUUCUUGAUCCAGUAUUUCUUUUUGAUUCUGCUUUUCACUCAAAAGUCAAAGCAGUGAAUGUUGUUGGUGUCAAAGCAUCAGAAAGUGAGAUUCAAGUGUUUUGUGGAAAGAAAUGUCUAACUUCAAAUCCCAAACCUUCUUAGCUUUGUUUUUGUUUUGUUUUUAGAUUUAGCUUUCUAAAUAUUGCAUCGAUUGUUUGUGUGAUUCUUAUUCAUGUAAAUACAUUUAGAAUUAAAGGACCCUUUUGAAGUGUUUUUUUAAACAUUAAGUUGAUGCCAUACAUUUUUGUAAUACCAUCAGAUUUUCAUUUUUAAAGAAUGCUUUAUCCCAUGAUUGGUUUCGAGGUUUAAAAUAGUCAUAUAAGCUUAUAGUGGAGAUAAAAUUAUGCCAUUAAGAUCAAACAGUUUGUUCGAUCUUCCAGGUGACUGCAGUGGUUAAUUUUAUGAAUUUUUUUCCUUUUUUCUUUAUUCUAGACAUGAAAUCAAUUUUGAUGUCCCUCCAUACUGUAUGUUUUUACUACUCAGCCAAUAUCAAUACAAAACACUUAGCUUCCCAGAUGUAACUAAGAUUGCUAAACAUAGUUUUUUAUUAUUAUUAUUAUUAUUAUUAUUAUUAUUAUUAUUAUUAUUAUUAUUAUUAUUAUUAUUAUUAUUAUUUAUUAUUAUUAUUAUUAUUAUUAUUAUUAUUAAUAAACACCUUAAAGAAGUUGGGAUUCCUGGUAAAGGUGACAUACAAUUUGAAAUGCUGCAUUUUUAGAAUAUUUUAUUCAAACUGCAAACAUCAGGUCCAAGCAUCGGUAAAUGAGGAAGUUUUUUUUUUUACUAUUUCCCUUGUCAAGUCAAGCCAUGUGGAAAUUAUAUCUGUUUUUAUCUGCUUGGUUGUUUCUGCAGUGUGUUUAGAGUUGAUCUGAGUAUUAAGCUAUCAAUGACCAGAUAAGAUCAUUGGUUCUUUACUGACUUCCUUGUUUAAUGUUUAUGCAGUGCUAUAACUGAAGACUUCAUUCUGAAAAUCCCACAUAAGCAGCCGGUCUUGUUUUAGUAGCUCUCAUUUAAAGUGCCGAACAGCUUAACAAGUGAUUUAUUGCACAUCAUCAAACACACUACCAAGUCUAUUAUUUAUCUUGGCAUGCAUGACACUUGCUAUGUUCUGUAUGUUGCAUAUAAUAACAUUUAUUGUACUAUUUACAAAGAGUUUUGAUUUGAGGUUUGUUUUUUUUGUUGUUUUUUUUUUUACUUGUUUAUGCAUGAUUAAUAUAAUUAUAAUCAAAUUAAAGAAGUUUCUGUUUAAUAAACUUUGAAAUUACACCUGGA